AAUGUUAACUGCAUGACUGACGGUAGUCGUGACUAGUUAGGUCAAUGGCUAAAUGAUUGCUUGCUAACUACUAUAGCCGGCUGAUAAUGCCGCGGACGGCUUGCUGUGAUGCUACCCAGCUACAUAGGCAAGCUGUUACAAGUACAGAAUGGGACUCCAUCAAACACAACCUACAGUGGGGUAGAUGCUGUUCAUGCCUGUAACAUCCUCCAGCAGCUCAAAGUCUUGUAUGAUGAAGCACAGCUCACAGAUAUUGUCGUUGAAGUGGACCAUGGCAAGACAUUUUCGUGUCACCGAAAUGUCCUUGCAGCAAUCAGCCCUUACUUUAGGUCCAUGUUCACCAGUGGCCUUACAGAAAGCAGCCAGAGGGAGGUUCGGAUCGUCGGGGUGGAGUCUGAGUCCAUGGACCUGGUCCUGGACUAUGCCUACACGUCCAGAGUCACGCUGUCAGAGUCCAACAUCCAGGCCCUGUUCACGGCAGCCAGCAUCUUCCAGAUCCCAGCCCUGCAGGACCAGUGUGCCCAGUUCAUGAUCAGCCGCUUGGACCCCCAGAACUGCACCGGGGUCUACAUGUUCGCAGACGCCUACGGCCAUCAGGAGCUGAGGGAGCGCUCCCAAGACUACAUACGCAAGAAGUUCCUGUGUGUGGCGCGGGAGCAGGAGUUCCUCCAGCUCACCAAAGAGCAGCUGGUGAGCAUCCUGAACAAUGAUGACCUGAAUGUGGAGAAGGAGGAGCACGUGUAUGAGAGCAUUGUGCGCUGGCUAGAGCACGACCGCUCCCGCAGGGAGGCCCACCUGGCUGAAGUGUUCUCUCAAUGCAUCCGCCUGCCCCUCCUGGAUGACUCCUUCCUCAGCCGCAUCCCACCCCCCUUUGCCUGCGCCCUCUCCAGAGACCCUGCCAUGGCCCGUCUCAAUGGCACCAACGGCUGCCCCCAGCGCUUGGGCAUGACCGCCUCUGAGAUGGUCAUCUGUUUUGACGCGGAACACAAACACUCAGGGAAGAAGCAGACCGUGCCUUGCCUGGAUACCACUGCUGGGAAGGUGUUCAAGCUCUGCAAGCCCCCCAAUGACCUGCGGGAGGUGGGCAUCCUGGUCUCAUCGGAGAAUGACAUCUUCAUCGCCGGGGGCUACCGCCCUAGCAACAGUGAGGUGUCCAUCGACCACCGGGCGGAGAGUGACUUCUGGCAGUACGAGCACGCAGGGAACCGUUGGCUUGUGCGUUCGCCCAUGCUGCGGGCCCGGAUCGGCUGCAGGCUGGUCCACUGCUGCGGGAAGCUGUACGCCCUGGGGGGCCGUGUGUACGAGGGGGACGGGAGGAACGCACUGAAGUCAGUGGAGUGCUACGAUUCCAGAGACAACUACUGGACCGCCGUCAGCCCCAUGCCUGUAGCCAUGGAGUUCCACAGCGCUGUGGAGUACAGAGACCGCAUCUACAUCCUCCAAGGUGAAUACUUCUUCUGUUUCGACCCUCACAAGGACUACUGGGGCCACCUGGCCCCCAUGAGUGUCCCCCGGAGCCAGGGCCUGGCUGCCUUACACAAUAACUGCAUCUACUACAUCGCUGGCAUCUGCAGGAACCACCAGCGCACCUUUACCAUGGAGGUCUACGACAUCGAGCAGAACACCUGGGCCCGCAAGAGGGACCUUCCUUUCGACCAGGCCACCAGCCCCUACAUCAAGGCCCUGCUCCUCCAGGGCAAGCUGCACCUGUUUGUCCGAGCCACACAGGUCAUGGUGGAGGAACACGUGUUCCGUACCAGCAGGAAGAACUCCCUCUACCAGUACGACGACGAGGCGGACACAUGGACCAAAGUCUACGAGACGCCCGACCGCCUCUGGGACCUUGGCCGCCAUUUUGAGUGUGUGGUGGCCAAACUGUACCCACAGUGUCUUCAGAAAGUGCUCUGAGAGGAGGGACAGGUUCCCUCCUCCACGAAGAGGGAGUGUGUGUGGUCCUGCAUGCCUUGUGCCUGGUACUGUCCUGUGUUUGCAUCACAAGGACUGUCGAGUUUAGUCUUAAAGCGGUAAUGGUUCAACACGAUCAAAUUGGGGUGGUUUUAAGAUUGCAGUAUUGUUUUUUUUAUUGUUUUUUCAGUCGGAACCAAAUACCCACACUGAUACUUGUUUUACAGUAUAGUACAAUGAAUCAUAAGUGCAAUUAUCUUGUUUGCUUGUUUUUGUUGAGCCAUUUUGUUCCAUCUUAUUGUGUGGACCCCAGAAAGAGUAGCUGCGGCUUUUGCAAAACAGCUAAUUGGGAUCAUAAUAAAAUACCAAUCUUAAAAGGAUAUGUAGGUUAUAAUUUUUACAAUUGAUAUGCAUGCAGUUGAGGGAUCAAUAUGAAGUGCCCUCUAAUUAUUGUCAUGCUACAUGCCAGCAUAAAGUGAGAAUUAUAAAUAAUUUGAGUCUAUAUUCAUACGGGUAAGAUGAGCGGUGAUGCUCAGAUUGAGGUUGUCGUCUUUGACUGCUCAUUGCGCCCUACAGCAAGCUCGUCUUUGACUGCUCAUUGCGCCCUACAGCAAGCUCGUCUUUGACUGCUCAUUGCGCCCUACAGCAAGCUCGUCUUUGACUGCUCAUUGCGCCCUACAGCAAGCUUCGUCUUUGGACUGCUCAU